AUGUGGAUUUUGAAGCGAACGCCGAGAUCAAUGUUAGCCUUUGUGAAGAGAAAAAGCUACGCAAUGGCCAAUAUCAAAUCGUUUUUCCCAUCCAGAGACCCUAUCUCGAGCAAAUAUGGACGUAAUUUACUGCUGAGCAAGACAUACCAAGGGAAUGUUCUGGCAAUUGUAAUUGAUGAAGCUCAUUGCAUAGUGGACUGGUUAGUAUAAAACUCGUUUUUAUUGAAACUGACACCAUUUAUUAAAAUUAGAAACACCAUAAACUUUGUUCGUUCAUGGCAACCAGGUAUAUAAUCACAUACUCUGGUUAGAACAAAACCAGAGUAGUGAUAGAAAUACCAAUUCAUGUCUUUAUAAAUAACCCAUUGAGUUGCAUUGCACCCUAGCUGAUGCGCCCUACUUUAUUAUUUUACUCUGUCUAACGCCAGAUUAUUUUACUCUGUCUAACGCCAGACGAUUUUACUUGUCAAGGGGAGAGUGCUGGCGCUUAAUGGGUUAACUGGCGUAUCUGCCCAUGUGUCUAGUUAACCCAUUGAGUGGCAUUGCACCCUGCUGCACCCUACUUUAGUAUUUUACUUUGUCUAACACCAGACGAUUUUACUUGUCAAGGGGAGAGCACUGGCGCUCAAUGGGUUAAGCAAAGCCCCUUAGAUAAAAUGACAUGGUCGUGACUUGUUUAUCUAAAUGCCUGGCCAUAAUUAUCAAGGCUUGUGGUGCGCUCUCAAUAUAAUUAUAUAAUAAUGAUAAUAAUAAUAAUAUGCUCAACUUUUGAGAAGGCCCCUUAGAGAAUAUGCUGAACUUCUGGUUUCAAUUAAGAUUUUGUGCCUUAAUUUCAGUCCAAGAGUGGGGGCUUUUGACAACUGUACUUUGCUUAAGAAUUUAAAAAAAUGUAAAAAUUCCCCUGGAUUGCCUGCCCCCCCCCCCCCCCUCUCAGGGGGAAAAUAUUGAUAGAUAUUCUGUAGAAACUUGUUUACCUUUAUGUAUAGUCAGUUGUACUACUCUGUUCAGUUCUAUACUUUACAGUAAACACUAUUUUUAAUUAUAUUUUUAGGGGGAGUGACUUCAGACAGGACAAGAGGUUAGGUGUCCUAUGUGCCUUAUUCCCAGACAUACCUGUCCUUGCAAUGACCGCAACUGCCUCUCGUAUUGACAUCCAGUGCAUUCAAGAUUCCUUAGGGUUAAAGAAGUGCAAGAGCAUCAUUGGAAAUCCAGAUAGGAAAAAUAUACGUCUUCUUAUGGAGAAACUGUAA